GUUCUCAAAAUAACACAAAAUAUAAGCACAAGCCUCACUAUAUUAAGCACCUUGAAGCAUAUGUAAUAAUUCUUGUGGAAGUGAAAACAGAAAUGGCUGAGACAGGUAGUACUACUGCUAGCAGGAACAAAAGAUGGUCCCUUGAGGGAAUGACCGCUCUUGUUACCGGCGGAAUCAAAGGAAUAGGGCAAGCUAUUGUGGAGGAAUUGGCAGGAUUUGGGGCAACUGUAUACACAUGCUCUAGGAAUGAAGUCGAAAUUAAUGAGCGCUUAGCUGAGUGGAAGAGGAAAGGAUUCCGAGUAUAUGGUUCCGUCUGCGAUGUAGCAUCUGAAGAAGAUCGAAAAGAGCUGAUUAACAAAGUUUCAUUGGUCUUCAAUGGAAAGCUUAACAUCCUUGUGAACAAUGUGGGGGCUACCUGCCUACCAAAGAAAACCCUAGAGCACACAGCUGAAGAUUUCUCAUUCCUAAUAAAAACAAACCUUGAAUCUGCUUACAAUUUCUGCCAACUUUGUCAUCCUCUCUUGAAAGCUUCAGGAGCAGCUAGUAUCGUUUGUAUCUCCUCCGCUGCUAGUGUUAGAACACUAAGUUUCGAACCCAUACACGGCGUUGCUAAAGCUGGGAUGAACCAAUUGGCAAGAAAUCUUGCCUGCGAAUGGGCAAAGGACAACAUAAGGAGUAAUGCUGUCGUGCCUUGGCAAACUUUUACUCCUUUCGCUGAAACUCUUUUUAGUGAUGAAAGCUUCAUAAGGCCCUGCAUUAAUCGAACGCCCCUUGGACGCGUGGCACAGACGAAUGAAGUGUCUGCAUUGGUGGCAUUCCUAUGCCUACCAGCAGCUUCUUACAUAACUGGGCAAGCCAUCUGUGUUGAUGGAGGCUUUACAGCGCUUGGCAUUUGAGAGGCACAAGGGUUUAUGGCCCUCAGAUCAUGUUUCGUCUUCUUGCAGUUUGGCACGUUGUAAUAGUACUAUUGUGCAAAAUAUGUGGUGUUUUUUGUUUUUUUUUUCUGUUUUUUUUUAUUUUUUUAUUUUUUUAUUUUGUUUUCCUUCGAGAGAUCGAAGUACAAUGGUAUGUUGAAUUGUGUGGUGUUGGACAUUGUU